ACAUCAAAACACAAAUACACAUGCACGUCUCCACUCUCCUAUUCAUGGCUUCAUCGCUCACGUGUAUGCCACGUACUCCAACUCAGCCAAAGGCUAAAAGCCUUAAACACACAAUACGUUAUGAGUUAACAGAUUUAACACCCUUUAACUUUCUUUCUUUUUUCUUUUUUUCUUUCUCUCUCUCUCACUCAAACUUUGGUUUAAUUUCCCUCUCAAGUCAUCCAAAACAAAGCAAAUUAGCUUCCAAAAGAUCCUCCCUCGAUCAACUUCCAUUCUUUCAAAAGGUUUCUAUUCUAAUGUAGGGUAGCUUAGGCCCCAUCUUAUUUACCUCCUUUAAUUUACUAAUAAUAUUUGUUUAGCAAAUCCGAGGUUAUUUAAUUUGAUCGAUCUUAUACACUUUUUAUAGAUACAUAAUAAUCAAACCAAAGGGGGUUAUGAUCUAUUCUAACCAAGUUGGGAAGAUAUCUGAAAAUAGCUAGAGAUAAUAAUUAAGUGAGAUCAUUGUUGACAAUAAUGCCAAGGAAAAAUCAACAAGAUAGGAAAAGUGGUGGUCAUUGCAAAAUCAGGAAAAGAGUGUCGUCAUCUUCAUCAUCUUCUUCAGUUGUUAACAAGAAUUAUAAGUUCAAAAGGGCUAUUUUGGUGGGGAAGACUACAACUGCACCGCCCCCGACUUGGAAACUAAUGAUGGCAUCAGCUUCAGAGUCACCAUUGCAGAGAUUCCACAAUUUUGAUGGUAAUGGAUCAGUUAAGUGUAUUGCUGAAAACAAUUAUUACAACAACAACAAUAAUAAUAAUAAUAAUAAUAAUAAUAAUAAGGGGAAAGAGGGUAUGUCAGCAAGAAAAUUGGCUGCUACUUUGUGGGAAAUUAAUGGCUUACAUUCACCUGCUGGACUCAAACAGAAAAAUUUUGAGGAGAGGAGAGUUAGAAACAAUUCUGACAGAGUUGGCAAGCUCUUUGAUGCUGAUCCUCAUACCCCUGUUUAUGAUCAGAUUGAUGGAUCUAAAGUGGGAGGUCACAGGAGAAGAUCUUCAGCAACUUCGCAGAAACUUCAGAUUACAGAGUUUAUCACAGGAAAACCCAGUUCCAUUGAGGUAGCAAGUCACAUGGCAGGACUAGGAGAAAACAAUAUUAGCGUCAAAACCCGAUUGAAGGAUGUUAAUAACAGCCUAAUUGCCUCAAAAGAGCUUGUCAAGGUGUUAUUCCGAAUUCUAUCCCAAGAGGAACAACAUUCAUCAAGGAUAACCUUAGUAUCGGCUCUAAGAGUUGAGCUUGAUCGAGCAAGACUCCAAGUAGACAAGUUGAUUCAAGAGCAACGGUUUAAUUGCAAUCAAAUGGAUGCCCUUUUGAAGCAGUAUGCUGAGGAAAAGGCGUCUUGGAAGAGCAGAGAGAGAGAUAGAAUUCGAGAGGCAGUUUCAUCCUUAGCAAGGGAGCUUGAGAUAGAGAGAAAACUAAGGAGGCAAGCUGAGAGGCUGAAUAAGAAGCUAGGUUCGGAGUUAGCUGAUACAAAAACUCAUUUCUCUAGGGCAAUGAAGGAGCUUGACAGUGAGAAAAGGGCUAGGGAGAUAUUAGAGCAAACUUGUGAUGAGUUAGCUAGAGGGAUAGGAGAAGAAAGAGUUGAAGCGGAGGAAUUGAAAAGAGAAUCAGCCGAAGCAAGAGAAGAGGUUGAGAAAGAAAGACAAAUGCUUCAACUGGCGGAUGUGUUGCGAGAAGAAAGAGUCCAGAUGAAGCUUGCUGAAGCUAGGUAUGAAUAUGAAGAGAAAAACACAGCUUUGGAGAGGUUAAAGAGUGAGAUUGAAACUCACUUGAAAACUAAACAAAAUGGACAUGGUAAUUUUCUAAACAAAAUGCAAAUGGGUGCACUGGAAAAUGGACAAGGUGAAGUGGAUGAUGGGUUGGGAGAAGGUGAAGGUGAAGGUGAAGGUGAAGGAGACUCAGGAGAUAGCGAGCUUCACUCAAUCGAACUAAACAUGGACAACAGCAGGAGCUAUAAGUGGAGCUUUGCUUGUGAAGCAAACACUCAUGGUGAUUCCAGAAGGGGAUCAACGGAUGAAGUAUUCAAGGGAAGGAGAUCACUUUCUGAAAAAAUUCAGUGGGAAAGCAUUUGCCUGCAGAAAAAUACUUCAGAUGGGGGAAUAGAAUGGGACUUCACUGCCAACAACAACCUGGGAAAUAUUAUUGGAUUUGAUAAAGGAAAAUCAACCGAAUUUUGUCAAGAUGCUACAAGAAUAAUGGAAGACGAUGAUGACUCAUACAAAAGGUUUAACUCAGUUAAAUCUCAGAGAUUAGCAUCCUGUCAAGGCUCUGCUAGUCCAGCAACCUCUACAGAAAGUUCAUCGCGAUUGAGGGAGGCAUGUAAUGCUAUCUUGCAAGAUUUAGCAUCAAGGAGAGGAAACAAGAUAUGAUUGCUGGAACUCAGUACAUUAUAACAAAUUACAGACUUUGAUUUAAAAAUAUACUCCCAUGAGAUAUGUUUCGUCACUUACGUUAUAAUUAUUACUAUUGUUUGUUCUUCUCUAUUUCACCAAGUCUCUACUUCAAUGUGCUUCCAGUUUAGUAAGUCUUUCGUGCUUCAUAUAACACCUGUAAAAUUGAGAAAGAGAGACAUUUGCUCUUGUAUUUGUCAUACAAAUUUUGUAGCGUUACACUAUGUGAAUACAAUUCUUGUUCAAUUAUACGUAUUCAUAUAGUUUAAUGCAAUCCAUUUUUGUUGUAUGAUUCCUACUGAUGUUUUCUUUGUUGA